AUGGAUAAUGAAGUUUUAAUUACAAACCAACCGAUCGUCAUCGAUAAUGGAUCGGGUAUGAUCAAAGCUGGCUUUGCCGGUGAUCCCAUUCCUAAGAUCAACUUUCCGAAUUAUGUCGGACGACCCAAACAUGUUCGUGUAAUGGCUGGUGGUUUGGAAGGUGAUAUCUUCAUCGGUCCUAAAGCAGAAGAAUACCGAGGACUUCUACAUAUUGCACAUCCGAUGGAACAUGGAAUAGUGCAAGAUUGGAAUGAUAUGGAAAGAAUUUGGACAUAUGUUUAUUCAAAAGAUCAAUUGAGAUCGGCAUCUGAAGAACAUCCUGUAUUGCUAACUGAAGCUCCACUGAAUCCAAGAAAAAAUCGUGAAAAAGCAGCAGAAAUCUUCUUUGAAACAUUUAAUGUUCCAGCUUUAUUUAUUUCCAUGCAAGCAAUUCUUAGUUUGUACGCAAGUGGAAGAACAACCGGUGUAGUUCUCGAUUCUGGAGAUGGAGUCACUCACGCGGUGCCGAUCUAUGAAGGAUUUGCUAUGCCACAUAGUAUUCUUCGUAAUGAUGUUGCAGGUCGAGAUGUAACACGUUAUUUGAAAUUAUUACUAAGAAAAGAAGGAUAUACCUUCAAAACAACAGCAGAAUUUGAAAUAGUAAAAAGUAUUAAAGAGCGAGCAUGUUUUCUCUCGCCAACAGCACAGAAAGAUGACGCAGGUCAAGGUGAUAAAUCACAGUUUACCUUGCCGGAUGGAACAUCGAUCGAACUUGGUACAAGUCGUUAUCGAGCACCCGAAGUUUUAUUCAAUCCUGAACUAAUCGGAGAAGAAUGUGAAGGUGUACAUGAAAUUUUGUCAGGUUCGAUUCAGAGAUCUGAUAUGGAUUUACGCCGAACACUCUAUCAAAACAUUGUAUUAUCUGGUGGAUCAACACUGUUUCGCGGUUUUGGUGACCGUUUACUUGGUGAGCUGAAACGAAUUGCACCGAAAGAAGUGAAGAUAAAAAUAUCCGCACCCCGCGAACGUCUCUACUCAACAUGGAUCGGUGGCUCCAUUUUGGCUUCUCUUGAUACAUUCAAAAAGAUAUGGGUAACCAAACGCGAAUACGACACCGAAGGUGCCAAAGUUAUCCAUCGUAAAACAUUCUAA